CUGAUCUUUUGGAGUGCUGUCAGUAUUGAAGCUGGAGCCAAACGAUGAGGAAGAACUCGGGUGACCGCACCAUGUCUGCAGCUUUGCAGCACCGCAAGGUAUCAGGCUCUUUCGAGAAGUCGCAGGCGGAAAAACUCCACUCAAACGUGGUUAACCGACACUCUCCAGUGAUGGCUCGUCGUUCGCGCGGGUACCAUUCGGUCGCAACCGUCAACACUACGAAUGGGAAUAAAGGCAUGGGGCUUCUUCCGUCUUUGGGCAUCGGCGUCGCUGUCGCUGGGUCUAUGUUCGUUGUGAGCUACGCAGCCGUGCUUUCGGCGAUGACCGAGACGGCUUGAAGGUGUCAAGCGCUAGCUAACGGAAAGAGAAGCAAUGAAAAGAGAAAUAAUGGCUGUCCUUGAUUAAAUUUACAUAUAAUACCAACACGAAAUGUUGGUGUUGUGUUGAAUUGUUUGCGCGCUUCUUCCGGCUUCAAUCAUUUUUCUUGCAUGUGUUGGGCUUGGUCACCACCUUCUUGAAGGCAAAAU